GGCCGAGCCUGAGCAGGAGGAGGAGCCUGAGCAGGAGGAGGAGACUGAACAGGUGGAGGAGGACGGAGAAGGUAAACUCAGGAGGACUCCCACAAUGCAAACGUUGUAUAGCAAGUCUGGAGAUAAAACUGAUCCAGUGUGUUGAAAGGACCUUGCAAAUACAUUUAAACAGACUCUUUAAAAUGGUUGUGAUUAUGAUUAAAUGUCCCUCAAAAGACACAGAUGUCUUUCUUUGUUGUUCCCUCUCUUCUUCUUCAUAACUGUGUGAGUUAUGGGUGACGCUGAACUAACUCUGACCAAUCAAAUUCUCCUCUAUCCUGCGUUCUCAUUGGCUGACACUGUGCUGGUCCGGGCUAUCAGAGCAGCAAGAGGAUCAAGGUAGGGUGACAGCACUUCAUCAUGAAUCACUCUUUUAAACACCAUUUAUGGCCUCAAGACCCAAUGCAAGUGAAAGUAAUAUCCAGAUAUGUUAAAGAGAAGAAGAAGAUGAGAAAUUUAUUUGCGCCUGAAUUUAAAUCACGUUCCUACUGAGAAAAGUAUUUUACCUGUAUUGUGUUUGAAUACCAAAUGUAAAUGGUGAAUUAAGUGGUCAUUACUCGUACAGUAUGUUUCCAUAUAUAAAGGUAAAAUCAUAUAUCAUAUCUGAGCACAUUUCCAUUGCCAUGUUGAUCACGCCUUUAUCAGUAUUGUGAAGAUUGUACUGGUUUUCUCAUUGUCUGCUGUUGCAGCCAGUGCUUUAAAGGUACAAACUCCCAAAACAGUAUUUCAGUUUUGGAGCACGUUUUGCCUUUAAAAGUAGUACAAUGUUUUAUUCAUUUCUGCAGAUGCAACAUUUGUAUGUAUACUGACAUUCAUAAUUAUACACAUGCACAUACCAGAUUUGAGUUACAGUUCCACAAGAAGUUCUCAGAAGAUUUAAACCUUAGUGUUCAAGGUCAAAGGUCCACCAUGUUUUGGAGCGCACUACAAAUAUGACUACAAAUAUCUGACUGGCAAUGGCUUUUUAUGUAUUUGUGACAACAAAACUCAUGGUGUCGGGAGGUGAGUGAGCUUGGCAGAUGGCUACAUAAUGGUUCUUUGGCCCUGCCCAUUAUGGUUUAACCUAUGACCUCAAUUCUACCUCAGAAAAAUAUUUAUAUGACUCUAAUCUACAAUGUCUGUAUGUGAAUGAUGUAAUAAUGAAUGUCCACAGAAUGUUCAACAAAACUACAUUUCCAUGCAGCCACACUGGAUGGUACAUACUAGUGCCAGUCAAUAGUGUGGCCCUCAUUGCAUGAUGGGAAAUGAUAGAUUUGAGCUUGCUUCCUCAGCAGUAUCAGAUAUUAACUUGGGACCUCUUUCGAUCAUUCCACAUCUCUUCCCUCCUUCUCUCCUCAUGUUUUUUUCUCCAUUUUUGCCUCUUGAAUUCCUGGUUUCUUGAUUCCCUCCUUCCUUCCUUUGCUUCUAUACACCUUCAUUUCUUACUUCCAUAUUCUAUCUUCAACUUUCUUUCCUUUCAUCUUUCCCACAAUUGAACCUAUUUUUCCUUCUUUCCCUCCUUCUGCUCCUCAUUCCAUUUUAACUUCCAUGCUCCUUUCUUCCACCCUACCUUUUCUAUUCCCUUGUUCUCCUCAUGUGUACUUUUCACUCAUUUUUAAUGACACCUUCAUUGCUUGAUUACCAUCCUCCCAUCUGUCAUUCUUCAUGUGGCUGGUACAUCAGAUCAAGACGCCCAGGAGGAAGAGGAGGAGCGUCCAAAACCCAAACCUAUGGUGCCUCAACUUGCCCCUCCAAAGAUUCCUGAGGGAGAGAGGGUGGAUUUUGAUAAAGCGUAUGGAGAAGGACUUACUGGAGCUGCAUACUCUGAUCGACGUCCACUUCGAGCAGAGGAAGAAGGAUGAGGAAGAACUUAUUGGUCUCAUGGAAAGAAUCGAGCGCCGUCGGGCAGACAGAGCUGAGAUCCAGAGGGUUAGAGCAGAGAAGGAGAAGGACAGACAGAACAGGAUUGCGGAGGAGCGUCACAGAAAAGAGGAAGAGGAAGCCAAGAGGAAGGCUGAUGAUGAUGCCAAGAAGAAGAAAGUUCUGUCAGGCAUGGGAGCGAACUUUGGAGGCUUCCUGGCCAAGGCUGAGUCAAGGAAGGGCAAGCGCCUGACGGGCCGAGAGAUCAAGAAGAAGACUCUGGCUGAAAGGCGGCAGCCGCUAGCCAUUGAAAAUUUGAGGGAGGACUCACUCAGGCAACAAGCCCAGGAGAUGUGGAACUGGAUCUACCAGCUGGAGUCUGAGAAGUUUGACUUCAUGGAGCACAUGAAGCACCAGAAAUAUGAGAUCAUUGUGCUGCUGAACAGAAUCCAACAUGCUCAGAAAUUUAAAAAGGGCCAUGGCAAAGGGAAGGUAGGCGGUCGCUGGAAGUAAAAGGGGAAAAAGAAGAAGAAAAGAGAACACAAAAACACAUAGAUAGGAUAAAAAGGGAAGCAGCAGCAGAGCAGAGGAACCACACAUUUCCUCUUUACGUUCUUCUUGUGCCAGGGCCACACUGUGGGCUUUGACUGUGUGUGAGAUAGAUAUUGAAUGUUUCUUGGUAACAUGUAUUGAUAAUAAAACGACAUACACACGGUG